CCGCCUUCACUUAAGGAACCGCGGGGGAGGACCUGCGUGAGACCUGUGCGGCCAGGCCGGGGCUCAUGGCCGCUUCCAGGACGCUCGGCACUUUUCGUCUCCCGCCGUUGCCCACGAUUCGAGAAAUCAUUAAGUUGUUUAGACUGCAAGCCGUGAAGCAGCUAUCCCAGAAUUUUCUCUUGGACUUGAGGCUGACAGAUAAAAUUGUAAGGAAAGCUGGCAAUCUGACAAAUGCUUAUGUUUAUGAAGUGGGCCCUGGGCCUGGGGGAAUCACAAGAUCCAUUCUCAAUGCCGGUGUUGCUGAGCUUCUGGUGGUUGAAAAGGAUAGUCGAUUUAUUCCUGGAUUACAGAUGCUUUCUGAUGCAGCACCUGGAAAACUGAGAAUUGUCCAUGGAGAUGUCUUGACAUUUAAGAUAGAAAGGGCUUUUCCAGAAAGUCUCAAAAGACAGUGGGAGGAUGAUCCUCCAAAUGUACAUAUUAUUGGAAAUCUGCCUUUUAGUGUAUCAACUCCACUGAUUAUCAAAUGGCUUGAAAACGUUUCUCAUAGAAAUGGACCUUUUGCUUAUGGCAGAACCCAGAUGACUUUGACUUUUCAAAAGGAAGUGGCAGAGAGACUUACAGCCAGUACAGGAAGCAAGCAGCGUAGUCGCCUUUCCAUCAUGGCCCAGUACCUCUGCGAUGUUCAGCACAUCUUUACAAUUCCAGGUCAGGCUUUCAUCCCCAAACCAGAGGUGGACUCAGGCGUGGUGCAUUUCACCCCCCUGACCCGGCCCCGGAUAGAGCAGCCAUUCAAGCUGGUGGAGAAAGUCGUUCAGAAUGCCUUUCAGUUCCGAAGGAAAUACUGCCAUCGAGGGCUUGGAAUGUUAUUCCCUGAAGCUCGGCGAUUAGAAAGCACUGGGAAACUGUUACAGUUGGCAGAUGUGGACCCUACUCUUCGACCCACCCAGCUCUCUGUCUCACAUUUUAAGAGCCUCUGUGACGUAUACCGAAAAAUGUGUGAUGAAGACCCACACCUCUUUGCUUACAAUUUCAGAGAAGAACUCAAGCAAAAAUCAGAAAAAAGGGGAUGA